AUGGCCGUCGUCACCUCCGUACAGAUGAAGACAAAGGUUGCAAAGAUCCCAGACAGUAACCCACGUUGGAAACCUAUUUCGGUGAGAGGUGGCGACUCCGGCUCUAGCGACUCCAACGUCCGACCGAUGACUUUCCAGAUCAAGAUACCAAUAACAUCCACCCUCUUCCUUCUUCUCCAUCCCAAAUUGAGGUCGUCAACACUCAGACUAUCAAUCAACCGCCCACUCAUCGUCACUGAGAAGACCAACUUUAACCCUACCAAGAUACGAAAAGGGAAGUUUUUCAAAUGGCGCGGCGUGGUGUUCAUGAUAGUGCUCGUGGUGGUGCUCGUAGUGGUUCUUGUAGAUAUAUAA